AUGAUUGCACAAGUAUUACCAUUCAUUGGCGAACAGAGCCGUAUAUUGAACGGCUAUGGACCAGCAGAGACUACGAUCGCAGCCAUUUCUUAUGAGGUUAAUCGUGAACAACUUUGUCAAAUGACUUCAAUAGCCAUCGGUCGUCCAUUGGAUGGUUAUCGUAUUUAUCUACUCGAUGAAUACCGUCAAUCUGUGCCGUUUGGACAACAGGGUGAAAUUAUGAUAGGAGGUGUUGGUGUUUUUGUUGGCUACCAUGAGAGAGCUGAUUUGACAGCGAAAAGUCUGAUCGAUAUCAAUGGCGAACUGUACUAUGCGACGGGUGAUUUAGCUCGAUUCGAUGUUAAAUUAGGUGAACUCUUUUUCAUUGGUCGACGAGAUUAUCAAGUAAAACUGCGUGGUCAACGAAUUGAUCUUGGCCAAGUCGAACAAACAAUCAUGAAAGGAUCAUCUUUGGUUUCAGACUGCAUCGUUAUAAAAUACGUUUAUGAAGAACAGGAUUACCUUGUUGCAUACAUCGAAGUUCGAUCCGAUCGUAUUCAGGAAGAACAUUUACGAAGCUACUGUCUUUCUCAAUUACCGUUCCAUAUGGUUCCUUCAAAAUUUGUUAUCCUCAGUAGUUUUCCUUUGACAAGGAAUGGCAAAAUUGACCGCAAAGCAUUACCUGCACCGGACUUUAGUAUCACUGCAACAGAAUCAAGAAAUAACAAUCAGUCAGUCAAAUUCCGUGUUUCUCCAGACAUUGUCAAAUGUUUUCGUAAAGCAUCGAUUACUGAACAUUCACGACUCUUAGUGGAGGAGAUUAAUUCGAAGUUUGGCGAAACUAUUUCUACAUGGUCUCCUUUAUUCUUGAUUCAUGCUGAAGCUUCUUUCGCUCAAGCACGCAUAAUUCUUGAUGAACAGAUUCGUUUUCAUUCAUCGGACAACGACGCGGGAAUAGCCAUUUAUUAUAUCCCAUUAUUCUAUCAGUUGUCAAAAGGCUCUUUAUCAAUCAAACGUCUUCGACGAGCUCUUCAGCAGAUCACCAAAAAGCAUACUAGCCUUCGUACAUCUCUCGGUUUUGAUCCAAUUAAGGGAAGUUUAACACAAUCUAUACAUCCACAUGAUGCCCAAGAUUGGUUUACAUUUUCCGAGAGUACCGUAAACGAUGUCAAUACAUUAAAGAAUAUCUUCAUGAAUGAUCUAACCAUUAAAACGAAUUUCGAUCUUGCUAAAGGUCAAGUUUGCCACUUUCAUGUCGUGCACCAUCAGUUAUCGACUCAAUCUGAUAACGAAGAUUUACUUUAUGUCGGAGAUUGUAUUCUAUUUACUUUCCAUCAUGCUGUAUUUGACGGCGAAUCAGUGGAUAUAUUUAUCAACGAUCUUCGAGAAGCUUACACUAAUGAAGAGAAAUUUUCAAUCAAUAAUACCAAAGCAGCACUGCAAUAUAUAGAUUGUAAGCUACUGAUGGUAACCGAGUUUUAA